GUUACAUUUGUUAAGAAAACUCAAUUUUAGUUAACCUGUUAUAAGAGUUGUUUCCCUUUGACUGUAAAAUGCGUUUUUGGUAUUUUCGCGCCACCGAGAACUCUUUAGUGAAGAAGGUGAGAAAAAGUGAUAGUAAACUAAACCAUGAUGUGAUAAGCUGUGCGGCGAGCGAUUGGGAAAGUUUUCGGAAGUUUGGGAGACCAUAAUUCCUUUACUACUACUAUGGAAUAAAUUACUACGCACUUAAAGCAGCUGUCUCGGGUAUUUUGUUAUCGCCCUGAUCUCGUGCAAGUACAGUAAAGGAAUUACCAAUUACCUCCCCUUUUGCUGUCCGGAACUCUCUCGAGUAAAUGGAACACAGAUGUCAUGGCCAGCAAUUCAGGAAAAGAAACUGACUUUGCUCAACAUCAGUCGGCUACUAGUGAACGACGACUCAUAACCAUGACUGAAAAGGCUGCAGAAUUGUUCUCAGAAAGAGUCAGAACAUUUCAAGAUAAAUUACACACAGCAUGGGUCGCAGUCCAAAAUGAAUUGGAACUAGGAUCAAAAUGUGAGGGUAACGCAGAACUCUUAAAGAAAGCUCACUCUUCAAUAUGCUUAGCAUACGCAAGUUAUCGCUUAGUAUCUCGUGAGUAUGUUUCCUUCCUUGGCGGCGCAAGGUCAAAGAAGGGCGAAGAACUUUUACAACGACAUGAUGUUGAUGACAAACUCAAUGAUGAUCUUGUCAGUAAAUUUCUGCAGGGAAUUGAGACAAAAAGGACACAAAUGGACAUUGAUGAAACUAGGUCAACAUCAAGAAGGUCACGAGGUUCAAGGACAUCAGCAAGGUCACAGGGCUCAAGUACAAACUCAUUUAUUAAAGCAAAAGCAAAGGCUGAAGCUGCUAGAGCAGGGGUUGCAUUUACUGAGAAAAGGGCUUUGCUUCUCAAGCAGCAGGCUAUUUUAAAGGAACAAGAAGCCCUAUCAGUAGCACAGGCAGAAAGAAAAUGCCAAGAAAUUGAGGCUGAUCUACAACUGUUGCAGGAUCAAAAGAUGUGUGCAGAGGCAGAAGCCGAGCUGGAAGCAUUGGAGACAGUUGAUGGGUGGGACGACGACGGACAGACGUCGGGUCUGGAAAGGAAAAAUGUUGUUCCGUCAGAUGUGAAUCCUAGGGAACGUGUUCAACAGUAUAUAAAUGAACAUUCAACAACUUAUGAGUCAAACAGUCCCAUAACUCAUGACCAGCCAAAUACACAUUUGAAUAACAUGUCUCGACAACCAACUAGAUUUAUUAGUCCUCAAUUGCCCACAGAGUCAGCAGUCGAGGGUCAACAACAACCAUCUACAGAUUUGGGUUAUCGGUCGUCUCAUAGAGCUUUAAACCCCAUGGUAGAAAACUUUGUUCCUGCAACUAUAACAACAGAAAUUUCAAGAUUUAUGCUGAGAAAGGACUUGUUGUUUUCAAGACUCACAUCUUUUAAUGACUCUCCAGAAAAUUUUCUCCCCUGGAAAGCUGGAUUCUUAAAUGUUGUUAAAGAACUUGGUGUUUCCCCCACAGAGGAAUUAGAUCUAUUAGUUAAGUGGUUAGGUCCAGAAUCAUCAAAACACGCAAUCAGCAUUAGGUCGUCCAAUAUAAGCAAUCCAGAGAGAGGAUUACAGAGAACUUGGGAGAGACUAGAGGAGCGUUAUGGUUCUCCAGCAUUGAUAGAGUCGACGUUAAAAAAGAAAAUAACUGCACUGCCAAAGAUAACUAACAAAGAUUGUGCAAAACUUUAUGUACUUCAUGAUACACUUAUGGAAGUUUCAUCGGCCAUGGAAAAUGAGAAGUACACUGAACUCCUUAGCUACUUCAACUCAUCGACUGGGGUCAACCCAAUUGUACAAAAGCUUCCUUAUCACCUCCAAGGAAAAUGGACUCAGAAAGCAACGAAAUACAUGAAGGCAUAUGGUGUCAACUAUCCACCAUUCUCAGUAUUUUGUGACUUUGUGAACGAGAUGAGUUCUAUGCUUAAUAAUCCAAGCUUCAUGUAUGAUGACACAUCUGUCACCAGAGACAGCACAAACAAGAACAAUGUCAAUAGUACCAGACCAUCAAAGGUCAAGUCCUAUAAAACAGAAGUUGAAACCGUUAAAGAUGUUCAUGCGAAGGGCAAGAAUAAACCUACGUGUCCAUUUCACAACACUGAGGGGCAUUCACUAAAUUAUUGUCGUACCUUUAAAUCAAAACCAUUGAAUGUGAGGAAAAGGUUUAUCAGAGACAAGGGUUUAUGUUUCAAAUGCUGUGAGAAAUCAGACCAUAUUGCCAAAAUGUGUGGAGUGAAUGUAACAUGUAGUGUUUGUGACAGCAACAGUCAUCCGACAGCCUUACACGUUCAUGGCGGGGAGAGAAAAGAAAAUACAGAGACCAGCAGUACAUACGGUCAACGAGUUGAGGAUAUUAAGACGGCAUGCUCCAGAGUUUGUGGUGAGGUCAACUCAUCUGGGAAAUCCUGUGCUAAAGUAGUACUAGUCAAAGUUCACCCAAAGGAUUCUCCAGAGAGAACUUUCCAAAUGUAUGCCUUGAUCGAUGAUCAAAGUAACAGAUCUCUUGCCAAACCAGAAUUCUUCUCUAUGUUUCACGAUGAGAAUUAUAGCGAGGUACGCUAUUCCUUGUCGUCCUGUGCAGGAGUGAUUGAAACAUCAGGCCGUAGGACGGAAACUGCAGGAUUCAUUAUCCAAGACCUUGAGGGCAAAUCAUCUAUUGAGCUACCCAGCCUAACAGAGUGUAGUGAAAUUCCAGAUGUCAGAGAAGAAAUACCAACACCAAAUGCUGCCAGAAAUCAUUCACACCUUCAGGAAAUUGCAUCGAAAAUCCCAGAGCUCGAUGACAAAUCUCAAAUACUAUUACUUUUAGGGAGAGAUCUACCUGAAGCCCACCACGUUCUAGAACAGAAGACUGGUUGCAGAGGAUCACCAUACGCACAUAGAUUGCAUCUUGGCUGGGUUGUCGUUGGCGAGACUUGCCUGGGCCAAGUUCAUAGAUCUGGAUCAGAUGUUUUCAAUGUUAAGAAAACAUAUGUGCUUAAAGAUGGAAGACAUUCUGUGUUUUCACCCUGUGAAAACCGCUUUGAACUUAAGGAAAACAAAAACAGUGAUGACGUGUUUAAGAUAACAAAGCACGACAACAAGGUGGGAUUGUCGGUGGACGACAAACAAUUCCUGGAAACUAUGGACAAAGAUUUCAGGAAAGAACACAACGGUAAUUGGAGUGCUCCACUUCCGUUUCGCACAAUGAGGCCCAGAUUGCCAAACAAUAGGAACAUGGCAUUGAACAGGGCGCGCAACUUGUCAGCUAGCUUAAGGAGGGAUCCUGCAAAAAUGGAACAUUUCGUAACAUUUAUGAAACGAAUGUUUGACAACAACCACGCAGAGUUAGCUCCCCUUAUGACUUCAGAUGAGGAAGGUUGGUAUCUGCCUAUCUUUGGGGUGUACCACCCAAAGAAAAGAGACCAAAUACGUGUUGUAUUUGAUUCAUCAGCAAAAUACAACGGUCUAUCAUUGAACAACGUUUUGAUGUCCGGGCCAGAUCUCACCAACAACUUAUUAGGAGUUCUCAUGAGGUUUAGACGAGAACCUAUUGGUGUGACAGCAGAUAUUCAACAGAUGUUUUAUCAGUUUAGGGUAGAAGAAGAACAUCGUAACUUCCUGCGAUUCUUCUGGUUUAAAGACAACAAUCCCGACCUAGAACUUGUAGAAUAUCGCAUGUGUGUACAUGUCUUUGGAAAUAGUCCGUCUCCCGCGAUAGCUACAUAUGGCCUCCACAAAAGUGCGGAAGCGGUUGAGGAGAUCUACGGUGAGGAUGUGACAGCGUUUGUACAUAAGGACUUUUAUGUCGAUGACGGUCUGGCUUCGUUUUCAAAUGUUGAAACUGCUAUAGAUGUGAUGCAACGUACACAGAAUGCAUUGGCUUUCGGAGGAAACUUGCGCCUACAUAAGAUAGCAUCAAAUAGUAUGGAUGUCAUGAGUGCAUUUCCAAAGGAAGAUUUAGCUGGGGAUCUAAAAAACUUGGACAUAUGUCAACAAGGCUUACCCCUACAAAGGAGCUUAGGGUUGACAUGGGAUUUGAACUCUGAUAACUUUAAGUUCAUUAUACCGGAAGAGGUAGCUAACAGGAAGUACACCAGGAGAGGAGUUUUAUCCACACUCAACAGCAUUUACGAUCCUCUGGGUUUCAUCUCGCCAGUAGUGGUUCAUGGAAGGAUCUUAAUGAGGGAUAUGAUAACAGAACAGACAGACUGGGAUGAACCAUUGGACAUAAAAUACAAAGAAGGUUGGGUUAAAUGGUGUCAAUCAUUGAAGGAUUUGGAGGACUUGUCAAUUUCUCGAACAUACCUCCCAAUUUCCCUGUCUAGCACUUCAGAACAGGAAGUCCACAUAUUUUCGGAUGCUUCAGAGAAGGCAAUUUGCGCAGUGGCAUAUAUGAAAGCAACAGACAUAAAUGGAGAUACACAUGUUGGAUUCAUUAUUGGAAAAUCCAAAGUAUCACCUAAGCACGGUCACACGAUACCUAGGCUAGAAUUAUGCGCAGCAGUCAUUGCGGUAGAGCUUUCAGAGACUGUGUCGGAACAUUUGUGCUUUCCUGUGGAGCAGAUGAAGUUCUAUACCGAUAGUAAAGUCGUGUUAGGGUACAUCAAUAACCGCGUCAGGCGUUUCUAUGUUUAUGUUGAGAAUCGUGUCAACAGGAUUCUGAGGACGACUCUACCUAAACAGUGGAGUUACGUGUCAACCAAUGACAACCCGGCAGACUUAGGAACACGACCAGUCUCAUCUCAUCUGCUAGAUUGUAGUGAUUGGAUUCGAGGCCCAGAAUGUAUUCAUACCUGCGAAUUGACCUCUGAUGAAACAUUUCAGCUCCAAUACCCUGAAAAGGACUCAGAAAUUCGUCCUGAAGAUGAAGUGCAUUGUUUAAAACUCUCAGUUCGUGGACACCAUGAGUAUGAUCUUGGCACCAAACGUUUUGAGAAAUUUUCGCAUUGGGAAAAUUUGGUACAUGCUAUCAUGUUCCUGAAGAGUUUUGCCCAGAGACUAUCAGUUCAGAAAUGCAGCAUGAGAUCUACACUGGGAGAGAAGCCGAUUGCACAGGAUUUGAGAGCUUCCGUCGAGAGACUCAUUAUAAUAGAAAUACAGAGAGAGGCAUUCAGUAGGGAAAUAAAUUGUUUACUGAAUGGCAAGGAGCUCCAGAAGGACAGUAGUAUCCGGAGUUUGAAUCCUUUCAUUGACAAUGAUGGUAUUGUUAGGGUUGGAGGACGCUUGAACAAUGCUGACCUCAGCAAAAUGGAGAAAAAUCCUGUUUUGAUCCCUAGACGUCAUCAUGUAGCAACAUUAUUAAUUCGUCACUAUCACGACAAAGUCAGACACCAAGGCCGCCUUCUGACUGAAGGAGCAAUACGAAACGCUGGGUUUUGGAUCGUUGGAUGUCGACGCAUGAUAAACUCGUAUCUUCGUAAGUGUGUCCGGUGUUUGAAAUUACGAGGAAAGCAACACUUUCCUAAGAUGGCCGAUCUUCCAUGCGAUCGGUUGGAUCCAGCUCCCCCAUUCAGUUUCAUUGGAAUAGACGUUUUCGGACCAUGGACUGUCCUCAGUAGGAAAACGCGUGGUGGGCAGGCUCAUUCGAAGAGAUGGGCUGUGAUUUUUACAUGUUUAGUCAUCCGUGCUAUUCAUAUAGAGGUGAUUCAAGAAAUGACAUCAUCCAGUUUCAUAAACGCACUUCGUCGUUUCAUUUCAUUAAGAGGAGAGAUCAAACUCAUUCGAUCGGAUUGUGGAACCAACUUUGUUGGAGCAGCAAAAGAUAUUGGUGCAAACAUUAUUGAUAUCGAAGAACCCAAUCUUAAAGCCUUCUUAGCACAGAAAGGCAUCUCUUGGAGGUUCAACCCGCCUCAUUCAUCCCACAUGGGUGGGGUCUGGGAGCGUCUGAUUGGCAUUUCGCGGAGAAUUCUUGAUUCACUCCUUUUGGAUGUUCCGCACAAAAACCUUACACAUGAAGUCCUCUCUACAUUCAUGGCAGAGGUUUGUUCCAUUAUAAACGCGAGGCCCCUUACAGGUGUUCCAUCGGACCCGGAGUCUCCUAUGCCACUGACACCAUCAACCUUGUUGACAUUGAAGACGAAUCAUACAGUGGAGUCCUUCUGUAUUGAGGAAUUCUCUCCGAUGGAUCUUUACAAAAGUCAGUGGAGGUGCGUUCAACAACUCGCGAACUGCUUCUGGAAAAGGUGGAAGAAUGAAUUUCUUUCAUCUCUACAGGCAAGACGGAAGUGGCAGAGCGAAAGCAAAAAUGUUACUGAAGGGGACGUUGUCCUCGUCCGAGACAAAACGCUACAUCGUAACGAGUGGCCAAUGGCUGUCAUUAGUAAAGCCAUUCCUAGUGAAGAUGGUCGUGUCCGCAAGGUGGAAGUGCGUGUUGGGAGAGAUAAAUUUUACCUCCGACCUGUCACUGAGGUGGUAGUUCUUGUGCCCAAAGGAUUGGAGUAGACACUUUAUUGUCUAAUUAGAUGGCAAAACUUUAAUAGUGAGAACUGUUGUGUAAUUUGUCAACAUGAGUGGUAUUCGUAUACUAGAACUCUGUGAUUUUUUUGUUGAUCAAUAUGUAAGAGAGUGGUAGUUGUAUACCAGACGGGGAGUGUGCUGUUACAUUUGUUAAGAAAACUCAAUUUUAGUUAACCUGUUAUAAGAGUUGUUUCCCUUUGACUGUAAAAUGCGUUUUUGGUAUUUUCGCGCCACCGAGAACUCUUUAGUGAAGAAGGUGAGAAAAAGUGAUAGUAAACUAAACCAUGAUGUGAUAAGCUGUGCGGCGAGCGAUUGGGAAAGUUUUCGGAAGUUUGGGAGACCAUAAUUCCUUUACUACUACUAUGGAAUAAAUUACUACGCACUUAAAGCAGCUGUCUCGGGUAUUUUGUUAUCGCCCUGAUCUCGUGCAAGUACAG